CGCCUGUGCUGGUCGCCCUCCCUAAUGCCCGAAAUCUCUCCGGCCUUUGGCUAGCCCUGACUCCCCUGGGACCGGUGUUCCUGCCCCGCCUCGCGGCACCGGGCCCGGCCGCCACGGCGAGAAUCACAGAGCGCGCCAAGCUCGAGGCCGAGCUCCCGGGACCCUUCAGGCGCUACCCGGUCGCCUUCCUCAGCUUCCGGUUGGGCUCGGCGCGGGGACGCGCACGCCCGGCCGGCCGGCUCCGGAGAGGGCGGGACGUCCGGGGGAGCGCGCACGCAUCCGGCCCGCGGUUCGCGCGCAGGUCGGUGCGUCGGUCGGGGGCGCGCUCGGGUAACCUGUACCCCGUCUAGUCGCCGGUUACUGAUCGGACUUAAGUUCCAGUGGUAACUCAUAAAUCAAGUUAAAAUGUCUCCAGAAAUUGCCUUGAACCGAAUUUCUCCAAUGCUCUCCCCAUUCAUAUCAAGCGUGGUCCGAAAUGGGAAGGUGGGACUGGAUGCUACAAACUGUUUGCGAAUAACGGACUUGAAGUCUGGUUGUACAUCAUUGACUCCUGGACCCAACUGUGACCGCUUCAAACUGCACAUCCCGUAUGCUGGAGAGACAUUAAAAUGGGACAUCAUUUUCAAUGCUCAGUACCCAGAGCUGCCUCCUGAUUUCAUCUUUGGAGAGGAUGCUGAGUUUCUGCCAGACCCCGCUGCUCUGCACAACCUUGCCUCCUGGAACCCUUCAAACCCCGAGUGCCUGUUGCUAGUGGUGAAGGAGCUGGUGCAGCAGUACCACCAGUUUCAGUGCGGCCGCCUCCGUGAGAGCUCACGCCUCAUGUUUGAGUACCAGACGCUCCUGGAAGAGCCUCAGUAUGGAGAGAACAUGGAAAUUUAUGCUGGGAAGAAAAACAACUGGACUGGUGAAUUUUCAGCUCGUUUUCUAUUGAAGUUACCAGUAGAUUUCAGCAACAUUCCUACAUACCUUCUCAAGGAUGUAAAUGAAGACCCUGGAGAAGAUGUGGCCCUCCUUUCUGUCAGUUUUGAGGAUACUGAAGCUACCCAGGUGUACCCCAAGUUGUACUUGUCACCCCGAAUUGAGCAUGCACUCGGAGGCUCCUCUGCUCUUCAUAUCCCUGCUUUCCCCGGAGGAGGAUGUCUCAUUGAUUAUGUUCCUCAAGUGUGCCACCUGCUCACCAACAAGGUACAGUAUGUGAUUCAAGGCUAUCACAAAAGAAGAGAGUACAUCGCGGCUUUCCUCAGCCACUUUGGCACAGGUGUCGUGGAAUAUGAUGCAGAAGGCUUCACAAAACUUACUCUGCUGCUGAUGUGGAAAGACUUUUGUUUUCUUGUACACAUUGACCUGCCCCUGUUUUUCCCUCGAGAUCAGCCGACGCUCACAUUUCAGUCAGUCUAUCACUUUACCAACAGUGGACAGCUUUACUCCCAAGCACAAAAAAACUACCCAUACAGCCCCAGAUGGGAUGGAAAUGAAAUGGCCAAGAGAGCAAAGGCUUAUUUCAAAACCUUUGUCCCUCAGUUCCAGGAGGCCGCAUUUGCCAAUGGAAAGCUCUAGGAAACACCAGUGCUGAGAGGCAGCCAACCAGACUGCUCAGUCCACAUGCGUGUCAGCGCUCGGGCUGCUUGUUGGAAACUGCUUGGAAUGUCUUCAUGGCGGCCCUUGGCUCGCAGCAGCUCCGCCUGCCCCACACAGCCCUGCUCUGCUGGAGCCCAAAGCUGAGCUGGCUGGUCGCACCCUGAAUCCUAGCACCUCACUGCUGGUCGCUCCUCCUCCCUCCUUAGAUUUCUUAGCUGAAAGAAAUAAACUGCUUUAUGAUGGAGAACUUUUCCAGGGAAAAUAAAAUGUCAUGAAUGCACACACCCUUCUUUCAAGUCUGUCCUGAAGGCGUCUUUAAAGUUCCAUUGAACACCCUUGGCUUCUCCC